CCGAAUGGUAAAGACAUGGUUGCCAUCAUGUGUUUCACAGCUGAAAGCAAGUCAUGCAGGUUCUCUGACCGAGCAAACAUCUGGAUCUCAAGUCAUGAGAUACAAAGAACUACAAAUUUCAACCAAUCCACAUCGUUCACCACAUAUCGUUAUAAACCAUGCUUGCUGCUGAGCAAGCACUGCAUCGGACAGACAUCCUCCAGUGCGUUUCGUGUUUGUGUGCAAACGUGUGCAAUGUCUUACAAAGAGGGAAAAUUCACCAAUCUCAUCGACGAACCUGACAAUGAAUGCAGCAGUCCAGAGGUGCGAUAUUCAGUAUUUCAGAACCCAUUUAAAAGAACGCAGUUUUGCCAAGAUCCUUUCAAGGUGGCGACAGCAUGCCUGACUGCUUUCUGUCUCAUCUUACUCGUGAUCCUGGUGGCCACAAGUGUUUACAGAGGUAUACUUCUCCUUUCUCACUUACUUUGUUAUGAAUGUGUUUAUUUACAAGUGAGACAUUCAUCUGAUCAGGAUUCUCCGUCCAGUGCUGCUGAAUCGCACAUGCAGAAGGGCUCCGCUAACGUAACGGAUCUGACUGAAGAACUGCAGGCUGUGAAGAGAGAAAAGAGUGAACUGGAGAAAGAACUGACGCAGUUGAAGAACAAAAUCACUGAGCUUGAGGCAACCACUGCACCACAAACCACUCCAGCACCAACGAAGAAUCCCUGUCCUGAAGACUGGAAGCACUUUAACGGCAGCUGUUACUACGUCUCAGAAUACCGAAGGAGUUGGUCAGACAGUCAGACGAACUGCAAACGACAAGGAGGACACCUGGCCAUCAUCCUCACAGCUGAAGAACAGACGUUCAUAUGGAACCUGCUGCCCCGUGGAUACUGGAACUCUUACUGGUUUGGCAUAAGUGAUGAAAAAGUAGAAGAAGAGUGGUACUGGGUGGACGGAACUAAACUGGUUAAAAGUUUCUGGGAAGAUGGUGAGCCCAACAACCAUGGUAAUGAAGACUGUGGCUACAUUGUAAAAACAGAUGUUUUAAGCCGUGUGGCUACAAAAAGCUGGUAUGACGCGCCAUGCCACAUGUCCUUGCCCUGGAUCUGUGAGAAGCUGGUGUCCUCUUGAACUUUGCUCCUCAUCAUCAUCAUCUUCAUCAUCAUCAACAACAGACAUUCAUCGAUUGUUAGUAAUACAAGCUGUAAUGACAUUUCCAUAGCAUUUAGAAUGUCUGGUUUCUGGAUUUUUAAGUGUUUCAAACUUUAAAUGACUAACUGCAGUCAUGGGUUAAAAAAAAAAAAAAAGCAAUGAACUUUUUUAUUUUAAUCUGACACCAUAUGUGCAUUAAUCUACAUUUAGCUAUGAAUUUUAACACAUUUAGUAAAUUCAUUAACUGCUCAAAUUUUAUUAUUAAAAAAUCUAUUGAGGCUGAUUAAAACCUUUUUUAUGUUAAAAAUA